AUGUUCAGGGGCGCUUGGAUGUGGCCCGGGAAAGACACCGCCGCGCUGACUAUCUGCUGCUGCUGCUGCUGCUGGGCUCCCAAGCAGAGCGACAAACCUUGCGCCGAUUCGGAGCGGGCGCAGCGAUGGCGACUGUCCCUGGCGUCCCUGCUCUUCUUCACCGUACUGCUCGCUGACCAUCUGUGGCUGUGCGCGGGGGCCCGGCCCCGGGCCAGGGAGCUGAGCAGCGCCAUGCGGCCGCCCUGGGGGGCCGGCCGCGAGCGGCAGCGGGUGCCUCCUCGCCCGGUGCUGCCGCUGCCGCCGCCGUCGCCGGGCGAGCCCAGAGCGUCCUCGGGCACCUGCAGCCCGCGAUACAGCAACCUGACCAAAGCCGCCCCUGCAGCCGGCUCCGGGCCGGUCUGUAACAGCGUCCCAGAGCCCACCGGGCUGGACGCAGCUUGCACCAAAUUGGAAUCUUUGCAGAGACUUUUCGAACCGACCACCCCGGCUCCCCCUCUGCGGCCCCCCGACUUCCCUUCCCGUGCCCCGGAGUUCCCCUCCGCCAAAAAAAACUUGCUCAAAGGCCACUUUCGGAACUUCACUCUCUCCUUUUGCGACACCUACACAGUCUGGGACUUGCUGCUUGGCAUGGACCGCCCCGACAGCCUGGACUGCAGUCUGGACACCCUGCUGGGGGAUCUACUGGCCGUAGUGGCCAGCCCGGGCUCUGGGACCUGGGAGGUAUGUAGCAGCUGCAUAGAGGCAUACCAGCGACUGGACCGACAUGCUCAGGAAAAAUAUGACGAGUUCGACCUCGUGCUGCAUAAAUACUUACAGGCAGAAGAGUACUCUAUCCGGUCCUGCACGAAAGGCUGCAAGGCUGUCUACAAGGCCUGGCUGUGCUCAGAAUACUUCAGUGUAACCCAGCAGGAAUGCAAGCACUGGGUGCCCUGCAAGCAAUACUGCCUGGAGGUGCAGACCCGGUGCCCCUUUAUCCUCCCUGACAAUGAAGAAAUGGUGUAUGGAGGCCUCCCUGGUUUUAUCUGUACAGGGUUGAUGGAUACUUCACCAAAGCGGCCGGAAACCAAGUGCUGUGACGUGCAGUGGGUCUCCUGUGAGUCGGAGAAGAAGAAGUUCAAGGACUCUGAGCCCCCUAAAACCCACCACCAGCAAUUCCACCACUCUUAUUUUCACCACUACCACCAACAGUACCACCACUACCAUCCCCGCCAUGAACCUCCAAGCCGAGUCAGCAACAAGCCCUCCCUGCUGCCAGUCUCUGGGGGCUCCCGCCUCAGUCCCAGCAGGAUCCGGCUCUGUGUCCUUGUUCUUAUACUCCUCCAUACCGUAGUGUCCUUCUCCAGCAGCCAGGGUGGUGGGGUACUGGGGCUGGAGGCACUGCCUGCCCUAGAGGAGGGGCUGACACAGGAAGAGUGACAACAGGGAGGGAGGACAAACCUCCACCACAUACUGACAUCAGCUCCAGCCUGGCUCCAGGCUGGGGGAAGGAAGCACCUCCCACAGGAGGUGUAGGAUCAGGUGGGGGUGGGGGAGAAAUAGGGGACCAGAUAUUGUCCCCAAUCUACCCUGCCCUAAAAGCAGCUCCAACAAAAUGGCCAGAAGGCCCCCAAGGAGCUGUAAAACUCACCCAGGAGAAAAAGGUAGGAGCAGCAGGUGUCCCCUCCCAAGCCUCACCUGUGGGGCUUAGUUAUAAAAAGGGGGGAGGGGCUGGAGUUGCCCAAUCCUGCCAAGAGCCCUGACCCCAGGGAAGGAGGCUGCUUACCCAGCCUCAACCCUGCAGGGAAUGUUGGGGGUCACAGAGGGGAGUAGUUCUCCCCCCUCCACAUUCCUUCUGUUGCCAAGAUCCUUAAUUCCCUCCUGCCCAUAUCCCUACGGGUGACGGCAGACAGUGUGGUUGCCCUCCUGCUGCUUCAACACCCUGAGUGUGGGGCCCGGCACAGGAUGAGGCACACAGUGUGACAGCUAGGAAAGUGCCCCAGUUAGGCUGCCCCCACCACCCUAGGCAAUGAGGGAUUGGAACUGGAUAUGGAAUGAGUGGUAAGAGUGAAGAGAGAUAAGGAAGGGAAGAAGAAAGGGGAGAGGUAGACAGAAAGCCUAAAGAGAUGGCUACACUAAUGAUAGCUGGCUUUUGGGAGGUGGGUGAUUAGUGUUGAGGCAGGCUCAAGAGUGGCCCCCCAAAAUCAGAAGGAGUUGCAUUAAGAGGUCCCUGGGGAAAGAGCCCAGGAGCCAAAACCCAGAAGGUUGAGGGCACAUGGUUGGACUGCCGCUGUCUGGAGGGCCAUAUCUUACAGAAGGUGCACACACUCCCUAGGGCUGCUCUUGCCCUGGAAAUCUUGGCCUUGUGGCCACAGACCUUUCAUUUCCAAUCUCCACAGGGAGGAGGGACUUGAGCCCAAGUGCGUCAGGCCUGGCCUGGGUCCCUAUACUCCCCCAUCUUGUCCUAGCCCAGGCCUCCAUGAAGGAGAGCUGGUGGUGUUGCCUCAGAGCUCUCCAGAGAUGAGCCUCCCCUACCCCAUCCUGUGUCCACCCCCAGCCUACCAAAGAGUAUUCAUCCCUUCCCAUUCCUGACCUUGUGGCCUAUUGUCCCACUGAGGGACAGCUAGACUCCUCACCCUUUAGCAGGUCCCUUUCUCUAGCCACCCCUUGCCCUUGCUGGACAAAGUUCAGAGACUGGCAAGAGGACUCUGACUGGAGAUAACGUGCUGCUGCUAACCCUUGCCUGAGGAACUCUUUAGUCAGGCUAGAGGGAUGAGUGAGAGAUGAGGCUUGGGAGCCUUUGGCCUUGCUUGCACUGACCUCCUGGAAGAAAAGGAAGACCACAUUGCCUGGGCAUCUAAAAGCCAAUGAAAGCUGACAAGAACAGGAGCCAGAUCCUUUGUGAGCCAAGGGCUUUCAGAGACCAAAAGGAUGCAUAUGGGAGGAUAGUCCUGGAGCAGCAUUACAGAGAAACAGGAGGGGAGGGGAAGGAGAAGCUGCACCUCGCCAGCUUUGUGAUGGAUAAAAGCCCUCCCUAGCAGACAAGGGUUCCUUCAUUCAAGGGCCACUGUUGGAUCCCAAAUCAGCUUCUUGAGCCUAUGGAGCCCUUUUCUCUGCCAGUUUACUCAUAUCUCACAGCCUGUCCUCUGCCUGGACCCUGUGUCCUCCAUCUUUUGGCCCUCAGCACUUCGGGCCUGGCCACAUACCCCAUCCCUAGAGUGCUCUUUUCAGCUGGGGAGGGUAAGAGGUGCUGGAUCCUUCCCAGAUGUGCUUAUGUAUAAGUAAAAGGCAGGGGCUUGGGCUCCAGAGAGACCCCAGUACUGCCUUCUGACUCCUGCAUCCUCAGGAGGGGAUAAAGGACUGGGAAGCAAAGGGGGACAAUAUGGUCCCAGGGAAUGGACCCUUGGAGACUCCCAUCCUCUCUUCCCCCUCACCAAGUGCCCAGGAGACCCCUGGCUCAGACCAGCCCAAGGCCUUGCCCAGCGGCAGGGGAAAGGGGCACCACACUCCACCUCACAGUCAUUUGACUGUCCCCAUUGACCCAACCCCCUAAUCU